CCGAUGGCGAUAACUGAACAUACAUCUUCGAUCUCGUAGGAUCAGCUUUCCUAUACCAUCAAGUCCAACAUAUCACGGCCGUCCUUUUCCCAAUUGGAGCAGGACUAGAAUGUCUAUCCAACAUCUCAUCUCUCAUGAAUGUUUCUACGAAAGAAUCAGAAUCAGCCCGACGUUCAAUUGCCACUUGUGGAUCGCAAGCCCGAUAUAUCAGAGGGCAGACGCCCUCCCUCCCCUGCUCUGGGAUUGUGAAGAAUUCACAGAUUGCUCAAAAUAUCGUGGAUAAGGCAAAUCUCCUCCCCAUAGAUAAAGUCGUUGAAGUUGGUCCUGGUACGGAACCUUACUGUAAUGAUCCUUGAAAAAGCCAAAAAUGACACCACUGGUGAGGCGGACCCACAGAUGGCGGUUGAGUUUACGAAG